ACAAAACACCCAAGAAACAAGUAUCAAGACCGAGUAAUGCGAAAUGCAUGCAAUUUUUUUUUAUUUCCGAGCUAAAUUUGAUCGAAUCGUUAACCGAUUAUUACGAAAAUGUCAUAGUGUUUGUUACAUUAAUUAUUUCGAGUGAUUUAAAUCUUAAAUCAGUCCUGAAUCUCUGGAAUGAUCCAAUUCUCCAUUGCUUUCCAUCACAAAAGAUCAGCUUUAGAUUUCAAACCAUCCUCUUUUGAUUUUUAAUUGACUUACACUCACAAAAAUGGAAAUAGAUCUGGUGCACUACUACUUCAGGGAAAAGCUUUACCAUGAAAUGCUGCGAAGUACUGAAUUGAGUCAAGAAAGCGAUCCAUCAGAUCUCACUUCCAAUCUAUAUAUUGGAGUUGCACACUUUUUAAAUGGGCGAUUAAGUGAAGCUUUAGACCAACUUCAGCCUUUGACAUCAGAACCAAAUAUAGCCCUAGCAGCUCUACUGGCGUCGAUUCAUAUACAUAAACAAUGCAAGAUGCCUGAUAAGGAAGCAAUUUACAAAGCAGAACAAUUACUUAAGGAUGAGAUGAAACUCCCUCAUGAAACUGCAUUACUCAAUGCUGCCGACAUUCUUUUCAUGGUUGGAAAAAUUGAAAAAGCUCGAGACUUCAUUCACAGACUGAUGAAACUGAAUCCAGAAUCAUUAUGCGGUUUGGUUUUAAAAGGUUGGAUAGAACUGACUGAAGGCAAUAAGAAGAUUGCUUUGUCUUGCUUUCGAUCCGCUCUUGCCAAGAACCCUUUUUGUAUGGAUGCCGUGUUUGGUGAGGUAAAAAUUAUUCCACCCUGUGAUGGUCUGUCAAAAGUAAAUCAACUAAUCGUCAGGUAUCCUGAGUUGAGUCCCCCACUGGUCGAGAAAAUGCGCCUUCAUCUCUCUCUGUUUGACUGGCAGUUAACAAUUGAUACUGCGAACAGAAUUCUAACAAUGGAUCCAAAAAAUUUAACUGCCCUCAAGGUCAAAUUACUGUAUCAAACGUGUUUUGAAGGAAACUAUGAGGAAGUUUCAAUUGGCUUGGGCAGCUUUUCUUCAAUUGCGGAGGAACAAGAGCCACAAAACUGGAAACUACUUCAUGAAGCAGCUGUCCUUUUUUCUCGAACCUGUGGACGAGACAGAACUGUCCUCGCUUCAACAGAAUGUCUGCUGCAAAAAGCUUUGUCCAUUUCCUGCAACAAUUUAACUGUGGUCAAUGAGGUGGCUCAUCAGUACUAUUUGUCAAAAAAGUACAAAGAUGCAACGAAAGUUUACCGAAGUGCAUUGAAAAUAAAUGAGUCAUGCUUUACUGCUCUUGCAGGGCUCACCCUCUCAGCCAUAGCUGAGAAUGGAGUCACAUCACAGACAAAACAACAAGUGGAUUUCUUAAUAGAAAUUGCUGAGAAUAAACAUGAUCCUGACUUAUUGAUCAUGCAAGCCAUGUGUCAGCCAACUGAAGCUGCUUCUUUUUGUGAUGAACUUAUUGAUAGAAAGUUCCAGUCCGUUUCUUCCACACCAUUUGGUUGUUCUUACCUAGCAGAGCUGAAUCCAGAUAUCCUCUUUUAUGCAUUGAGCAUUUAUCCAGAUCAGCCUGUUUAUGCCGAACGAAAAAUUGACGUGCUAAGGAAACUAAGCCGUUUGUGCCCCGGUUUGGUGUGUGUAUGGUCACUGCUUGCUGUUAUACAAACGGACAAUGAAUUUUAUGAUGAAGCCAUGAAGACAUUGAAGCAUAUCACUAAUGAGUUGGAUCCAGCAAAUUCAGAAGCAUUUAUACUGAUGGCCAAAAUCCACAAGGAAAAGGGUAACUUCAGUGAAGCAAAUAUCAAUCUGGAACUGGCUUUAAGCUACAAUUUGAAAAUCAGAGAAAAGGCCCUCUUCCAUCUACUCAAUGGGAUCCUACAAAGACAUCGAGGAGAUGUUGAAUCAUCCGUCAACAGUUUGAAAAAUGCAUUAUCCCUUAAUACAGGUGCUGAAAAAUUAAAUGAUCAAGAUUUGGCCAGUCUAUACAUUGAGCUAAGUUCUUGCUAUAAGGAAUUGAACCAGUUCCGUAAUGCGAAAGAGUGCUUGGGUGAAGCCGCAGAAAUAUUCGAAAAAUCCAAGUUUGAACCCCUUUUUAUCAUGAGCAACGCUGACCUUGCCUUGUUGCAAAAUAAUGUUGCCACCGCACUUUCAGUACUGGCAUCCAUCACUGCUGAUCAACCCCACUUCAUAAAUGCUCAGAUGAAAAUGGCUGAAAUUCAUCUCAAAUAUAAUAAAGAUGGUCACAUGUACGCUGAGUGUUACCGUCAGUUAGCUAAACAAGAGGGAACAGCUGAGAGUUUUGUUCGAUUAGCUGAUGCCUACUUAACCAUUCAGGAGCCUGAAAAAGCCGUAGAAAGUUAUGAGAGAGCUGUAAAAUUAAGUGCGGAUCCUGAAUUUGCUCUCAGAUCAGCGCGAGUAUUGGUCAAAACACAUCAGUAUGCUCAGGCUGUCAAACGAUACAGGGAGUCAGGAGAAGUUGGCAGUGUCGAAUUGGGUAUGCUUCUUGUCAAACUCGGUGAACUUCAAGCAGCAGAAAACUGUCUAGCAAACAUUCCUUUGGCCCAAAAAGUAUUUGUACUAGCAGAGAUUGCUGAGAAGAAUGGCGAUCUGUCCAAAGCUUGUAAACUACUCUCUGAAGCCCUUGAGCAAUGCGCUCAGAGUGAUCCAGAGUUGGGAGCAAGAAUUUGUAAACUCUUGGCAGAAUAUAGUGCAAGUUUAAGAGACUUUGAUAAUGCUGUCGUGCAUUAUAAAAGUUGGCUUUCAAUUUCGAGUACUAACUCAACAGUCACGGAGUUAAUCUCAGUUCAAAUUUCGCUAGCCAAACUGUACUUGCAGGUUAAUGAUUGGAAAGCGUGUGAAGAUAUUUGUUCCUCAAUUGUCUCGAAGUAUCCCAACAAUGAACCCGCGCUUUUAAUGAUGGCUGAUCUAGCAUUUCGUAGGUGCGAUUUCUCUACUGCAGAGACCCACUUCAACCAACUCAUUUCUAGGCACCCAACUUACUUUGUACCUAUAGCAAGACUGAUUGAAGUCAAAAGACGUCUCGGUCUCCUUCAUGAAGCUAAACCAAUUUUGGACAAAAUUUCUCCUGUGGCAAGAAAUAAACCUGGGUUUAAUUACUGUUUGGGUUUGUACAAUUGGUAUUCUAAUAAUUACCCAGACGCUAAAAAGUAUUUCAAUCUUGCUCAGUUUGACAGUGAAUGGGGACAACAAGCCCUCCAUAAUAUGGUCGAAAUUUGUCUUAUCCAACCAGACACAGAAACUGCACAGAAAUUACUGUCAGAAAUGAAGCCGAGCAAUCAGGAAGAAGAGUUGAAUUGUAGACUGCUACAAGGAUUUGUUUGGCUAGCAUCAAAGAAUCCUCAAAAAAUUGAUAAAGCCAUGACUGCAUUCACAUUGUUGGUCGAUCAGGAAACAAUGAAAGUUGGAGCUACGCUUGGCUUAUCAAUGGGUUAUAUUCAGAUGAAGCAGUCGUCUCGGGCUAAGAGCGUUCUUAAGAGAAUUGCCAAAGUUCCAUGGCAGUUCGAAGAAGCAGAACAUUUAGAGAAGUGCUGGCUCAUGCUGGCAGAUUUGCAUUUACAGUCUGGUAAGUAUGAGUUGACCUCAGAACUACUAAAAAAAAUCUUGUCACACAACUUAGCUUGCGCUAAAGCGUAUGAAUAUUACGGCCUGAUUAGCGAGAAAGACCAAAAAUAUCUGGAAGCGAGUGCUCAUUAUGCAAAGGCCUGGGAGUUAUCAGGAAAAUCAGAUUUGAAUGUAGGGUCUAAACUUGCCACGAAUUUGCUCAAAGCAAAACAAUAUGCCCAUUCCGUUGACGUGUGCCUUCAUAUUUUGAACAGCAAUUCUGAGUUUCCUCGCCUCAGGAAAGAUGUCCUGGAGAAAGCCAUAGGUCAUUUAAAAACUUGAGAUGAUUGAGAUACCAAAGACUGGAAUAAAGGCACAAGGCCUGUAUUUUUGACAGGCUGUUCGUUUGCGAAGCUGAAUAAUCUGAAUUUAAGCUUAUGUUUAUGACCGCUUCUAUCUCCAUUCAAUCAUUUCUCAAGAAUGGAGUGGCAAAAAAUAGCAGUAUUCUUGUCUGUGAUGUAUUCUUUUCUUUUAUCCAAGAGAUCUCAAAUGAUUUGAAGUUUUUCCUUCAAUUUUGUUUGCAAUUGAUUAGAUGAUAUAUACAGCUUUGUACAUUGAAAUGAGAUAACUAAUGUUCCAGUGUCUACAUAGAUAUAAUUGCUGCACUUUCGGUAAUAUGGCACAGUUUGUUAACUUCAUGAAACACAAAAAUAAAAAUGUACCUAUCCAAUCCUAGGUGAUUUUUGGAAAAAUCACACAGAAGAUUUACAGUUAAGGAAGACUAAAACGUAUGAAUGCAACAAUUGUUUCCCUCAAAGUUGGAUACUUAGAUUGUUGCUGUUUUCUUUGUCAGGUCCCAUUGUACAGAGCUGUCUGUAAAUUACAUUGAGCUCUAGGGAUGAUUCAGGAUUGUGUCAUGUAUAAUAGUCAGAUUAGCUGAAGAUCUCACAGAGUAUUCAAGACCAAUCCACACAGGUCAGUCAUUGCGCAUCUUUUUGAAAGCCACUUCCCCGCCCGGCCGUAACUCGGCUACACUCAAUAGUACGUCACAAUGGGUGCUCCCAUAAGAAAUACAUUGCAAGCACUCAAUAGUACGUCACUGCGCAGUAGAGUACCAAAACUCGUCCACGGGAAUGACUGACCUGUGUGGAUUGGUCUUGAGAAUAUUAAAAGAUGGUGCUUAUCGAGCAAAAGUCUUUAUUUUUUUAAGUUUUUUGCCAUCGGCAAUAUUAUAAAAGUUUGUAGUAGUUUUGAACAUCAUGAAUACUAGUUACUGCUGAGACUGCUUUGGCAGACGCAGACAGACUUAUGCCAUCAUUCAAAUGACCACUGUAAAAAAUGUAGCAUGUUCCAAAUAUAUUUAAGUACACAACAAGGUGUUAGAAUAGUGCUGGAUCCACACUAUCCUGUUCGGAAAGCAAGGCCAAAAAAUUCCCAAGAUUUUAAUUUGAGUCAAACAUUUGAGCUGGACCAGUGCAAGAUUAAGGGGAGUGAGUGUUCAGCUCAGGCAAGUGCAUUGGAAUACUAAGUACUGCAGACUAUAGUGUGGACCCAGCACUAUUAUAACACCUUGUCACUUACAGUUUGGGCCACAUUUUUAGUGCUUCUUACUUUUGAGAACAUAUAUAUAUCAAAAUAUAAGUAUAUUUUAAUAUACUUUAAAGUCUGAAACUAAAGGGUUGAAUAAAAGUAAAGUGCAGCGCAGUAAAUAAUGGCAACACUGUAGGCCCAGCACCUGGGGGUUGUCCAGUGCACUCACACUCAGUCUUCAAUACACAGUUAUGACACCUUGAAA